GGUUUCCUUUAUCUAUAGAAACAGUUCUAAAGUCAUGCAUCCCAGUAAAAUUUCAAACGUUUGAGACUUUCCAAGUAGUGAAGAGAAGAGAUGAGGGUGAUUCAAGUCGUGGUAAUCCGAGGUAACGUAAAAAUAAAAGAUUUAUUUAUUAUAGACGACGGUAAAGAGAUAACCUUCGGCGAUGAGAACAGCCUUAGUGAAAGCGAGAGACAUCUCUUAAAACUAGACCAGUUAAUUCACAGCAAAUCGAAGACGAUUACGGCAAAAGUCGACUGUUAUACAUCAUCACUGUUCGAAACAUUACUUAGAGACUCUGACAUCAUCAGGGCGAGGUUUAUGAACACGGUUUUCGCCUCUUACAGAAGGGCGAACCAUUUCAUCCUGAUAAACGUGAACUUGUCGGAGCCUAGGAAGGAAGUGAUGGACCAAAAGGGCAGCGGUCUGUUCGAGCAACUCGGUCUCGAGCGACGAGAGGUAGACCAUGCGAUGGCUUGGUUUUCGACAUUAGGCGGGGCGUUUUCGGCACUAGGCGAUUGUUUAGACUAUUGCGCCGUCAUGGCUGGGAAGAUCUCGUUACAGCAGUUUAAACUGGCUCUUCGCCUCAACGAUCCUUUUCUCAUCGCGAGGUGUCGGUUAUACCUCUCGCUCAGCCUCAUCCAGCAAGGGUACUUCAAAGAAGCCAAACGAAUUAUACUUUCCCAAUAUGCAUUUGCAACCAAAGACAAUUACGAUCAGAAACUGAUUUCUAUGUGUCACGGUAUAGCAGCUAAGUGGAGAUACGAUAGAAAAAAAUUUAAACACAACAAAUGUAUUUUAUUAAAAAAAAUUCAGUAAUUAAAACUUAUUUAUUUCAUAAAUAAACAAUUUAUAAAAGCA